AUGCGAUGCGGGGGCAAACGGGGGCAGGAAAAAGGCAAGAAAAGGCUUCGAAUGGAAGGCGAAGGCAGCAGAGGGCGCCGAGGGGGGUCCGGUCCGGCCCCGCUCCGCUGGUCGCGGCCCUUGGCCUCCCGCCGGGCCUCCGGCCGGGCCCAGGCCUGCCUGCCUGCCUUAGUGAGGGGUUACGCGUGGCGGAGGCCGGAGACCCCUCCUCUCCCGCUGCCCCAGAGCUGGUUAAAAGCACGGUGGCGGUUAAACCGUGUCACCGGCCAGGGGGGCUCUGUGGCGGCGCGGGGCCGGUGGCUGCAAGGACGAGGAUUUGCAUUUCGCAGAAAACAAAAGAUAGAAAGACAAUAUAGGAGACUACUGAAAAAAGGAAGAAAGGUCCAUUCACAACAGGAUAAUCAGUUUACUGAUACUUAUCCAGAGCACUUGAAACAUCUUUACCUAGCCGAGGAAGAAAAAAUGCUUAAGAAACGGCGCAGGCCUCCAGAUGAUUCAGUUUUGUCAGAAGAAAAACUUAAUAAAGCAGUAGAGUCAGUUAUGACUGAAGGGAAAUUUAAGAAGAAAACGUCUAAUCAGAAGGCAAAAGAAGAGUAUGAAAAAAUAAAGGCUGACCGUGCUAGGAAGAAAGAGGAAGCAGAAAAAAGAAAACAACAAAGAGAAGAAGCUCAACGGUUGUACAAGCAAAAGAAAAUGGAAGCUUAUAAAAUAUUAAGUAAGAAGACGAAAAGAGGACAGCCAAAUCUAAACUUACAAAUGGAGUUUCUUCUUCAGAAAAUACAGCAAAAUACAUAA